AUGUUCAUCUACAUACUAGCCCUUCUAGCCAUAACUCUCUUUUACAACUAUUUCUGGAAACGUCGCAAGUUACCCCCAGGUCCCCCGCCACUACCUCUAGUGGGCAAUGUUCACACUCUCUCACAGCAAGAACGAUGGGAAGACAAAUUUAUUGAAUGGUCCAAAACUUAUGGGCCAACCUUCACCUAUUGGCUUGGUGAAUUGCCAGUUAUAGCCAUUUGUGAAUUUGCUGAUAUGCAAAAGUUUUUUGUAAAACAGUCCGAACAUUUCUCGGACCGAUACCGAACACCGGUCGAUAAUUUGUACGCUGGUAAUUGGGGUAUCGCAUUGGCUAAUGGUGACAGUUGGAGAGAGCAGAGAAGGUUUGCGUUGAAGAUUUUGAGAGAUUUUGGGUUGGGAAAGAACCAAAUGGAGGCUAGGGUAAGUUUGAAUAGCAAGAACUUUCUUUACAAGUUGUAUGUCAUAAUAUUUUAGAUAGGAGCUGAAAUUGAAUUACUGUUAGAGCAAGUCAACAAAGACAUUGAUGAUGGCAUUGAGAACAUUGACUUUUUUAAUUACACUGAUAUGGCUACUGGAUCAGUGAUUGGACGAAUUGUUCUAGGCCGGAGAUUUACAAAGGUGAGCCAUAGCCCAACUAGCCCAAAACCCUAGCCAAACACCCCAGCUCAGAGCCCUAACCUACAGCCCUAGCCCAGCGGCGCUACUUCAGAGCCCUAGCCCAGAGCUCAAAGUCCUAGCACAGAGGCCUUAGCCCAGAGGCCCUAGCUCAAGGCCCUAGCCCAGAAGUCCUAGCACAGAGCCGCAGUCUAGAGUUGUAGCCCAGAAGCUCUAGCACAGAGGCCCUAACCAAAAAGCUCUAGCCCAAAAUCCUAGCCCAGAGCCCUAGCCUAGAGCCUUAGCCCAGAGCCCUAGCUUUGAACCCUAGCCCAGAGCCUUAACCCAGAGCCCUAGCCCAGAGUCCUAGCCAGAACCCUAACUUAGAGCCCUAGCCCAGAGCCGUAGUCCAAAAGUCCCAGUUCUAGCUGGAAGGCACAUGCACUAAUCCAUAGUUCUAAACUAUAAUCUUAGUUUUGUUCUAAGCCAUCGAUUUUUUAUAUGGCUAGACAUAAUCGCAAGCCUAAAUGCAAACCCCAACUUUAGCUUUAACCUUAGUCUUAAUCUUAGUUUAAGCCCUAGUUAGAGCCUUAUCACAAAAUCCUAACCUAGAAUCCUAUUUUAAAGUCCUAGUCUAGAACCCUAGUUUACUACCUUAGUCUUAACGCUUGUAAUGAGCCUGACAUAAACCCUGCUUGCUUUGUUUCUUUUAUGUUUCCUCGAAAUUACUAUUCAGGAACACGAAGACGAAUUCUACCGUAUAAAGACCCUCACUUCCAAAAUAACCCAAUCAUUUGGUUCACCAUUCUCAAAUCUAGUACGCCAAAACCCAUGGAUGCUGAACCUGCCAAUCAUAAAAGGUCGUGCCGAAGCCAACAAAAAGACCUCAACCGAACUGAUCGAAUAUUUGCAAAAACAUAUCGAUCGUCACAUUGAACAAACCGACUAUACUCAAGACAUGGAGCCUUCUGACUUUGUAGACGCUUAUCUUUUGGAACGACAGAAACAUUUGUAUGCGCACGGGGAAGAAGGCAUGUACAGCGUGCGUCAGCUGUGUCAUGUAUGUACCGAGUUGUGGGUGGCUGGGCAGGAGACAACUUCAUCAGUUAUGGCAUGGGUUAUUGCUUUUAUGAUAACAUACCCAGAGAUUCAAGAGAAGGUUCAUGAAGAGUUGGACAGAGUUGUUGGAAACGGUGGGAUCAUUGAAGGUCAAUACAAGUCUAGUUUGCCUUAUCUUAAUGCGGUGCUUGUUGUGAGUUUUGUUUAUAAAAUUUAUAUAUUAGUAUUGUAAUUUUGGAAUAGACUAAACAAUGUUUUAGGAAUGCCAAAGAUGUGCCAAUAUAACUGGCCAAAACAUGCUCAGAGUCAAUACAAAAGAAGUCGAAGUUAAUGGUAUGCACAUUGAAACAAACACUGUUUUCGUACCUCAAAUUUCAGUUUUACUACAAGAUCCCAAAGUAAGUAUGGGCUAAUGAUACUAAAGGUACGAUAAAGGCAGAAGUGAGUGUAGGGCAAGGAUAGAGCUAAGGUAGGGUUAGAAUAUUGCUAGAGUAGGACUAGAGUAGGGCCAAGGCUGUAGCUCAGGCUUAGGCUCAAGCUCAGGCUUAAGUACAAGCUUAGGCUCAGGCUCGAAGUUAGGCUCAGGCUCAUGCUCCUACUCAAUUUUAGGCUUAUUUGCAAGCUUGCUCAAGCUAAAACUCAUGCUAAGGCUAAAAAAAGGCUGUGGCUUCGAAUUAAGCACAGCUUACAACUCAGGCUUAAGCUCACGUUUAUACUCAAGUUCAAGCUUAGUUUCAGGCUGAGGUUACGGCUCAAGCUUAAGCUUAGGCUCUGGUUUUGUUUUAAGCUUAAACUCAGGUUCAAGCUCCAGUUUAGGCUCUGGUUAAAGCUAGGAAAAAGGCCAAAGCUAAAGAAAUGCUAAAUUUAAAGCUAAAGUAACAUAAAUUUUUAAGUUUUUUAAAUUUAUUUUAGGUGUUUCCAAACCCAGAAAAGUUUGACCCAACGCGAUACCUGACCUCCGAUGGCAAGUUCAAGCAAUUUGAUGAAUUUAUACCAUUUUCACUUGGCAAAAGGAUUUGCUUAGGUGAAGGAAUGGCCAAAGCUGAGCUGUUUAUGUUUACUGCCAACUUCCUGAAUCAAUACAAGUUUUCUGCUGCUUCCAACCCACCAGUGCUCAAGAAGGUGGAUAGCAAUGGAAUCAUGAUUGUUCCUUACAAAUGCAAAAUUGAGAGACGCUAUUGA